UCGCGCCCUUUUCAAGUGUAAACAAACAGUCGCCGCGGAGCCGCUACCGUUUUUAAUUUUUGUGUGUUGUAUUCUUGACGAUUAAUGCUGAAACUCAACCAUGAAAUUUGCAUUGUUGAUGGAACGAAACGAAGCAGUUGGGUGAUGAUUGAAAUAUUUCCGUGAAUUUUCUUCACUCAAGAUUGAGCACAUUGACGCCCUGGCCCCACCAUGGCACCUUCGGGCAGCAGCUUUGGUGAAUGCAUACAGGACUAUGAGGUGCUCAAUUUGUUAGGCAAAGGUGGUUUUGCAAGCGUUUAUCGUGCAAGAUGCAAGAAAACUGGCCAGGAUGUUGCAGUGAAAAUGAUCGACAAAAAGUUGAUGAAAGCGGCCGGAAUGGUUGAUCGAGUUCGACAAGAAGUGAAAAUCCACUCUCGACUUAAGCACCCAUCUGUUUUGGAACUCUUUACUUUUUUCGAGGAUGAAAACUAUGUUUAUUUGGUUCUGGAGUUAUGCCUAGGAGGAGAACUGCAGCGGUAUGUUAAGACUCUUUCAAAGCCUCUGCCUGAAGAACAAGUCAGUUCUAUCAUCCGCCAAGUCACUCAAGGACUUCUGUACUUGCACUCGCAUCGAAUCCUUCAUCGUGAUCUGACGCUCGCAAACCUUCUAAUAACCAGUGAAUUGAACGUCAAAAUCGCUGAUUUUGGCUUGGCGACACAGUUGCAGCGCCCAGAGGACAAGCAUAUGACAAUGUGCGGCACUCCAAAUUACAUUUCCCCUGAAGUUGUAACCAGAGCAGCGCACGGCCUCGAGGCUGAUGUUUGGGGCCUCGGUUGCAUGUUGUACACACUUCUGGUUGGCAGACCCCCUUUUGACACGGACGCAAUCAAGAGCACCCUCACCAGAGUGGUCAUGGCAGACUACAAAAUUCCUGAUCAUGUGUCUCCGGAAGCAAGAGAAUUGAUCCAACGCUUGUUGAAAAAGAAUCCCAAGGAAAGAAUGAAGCUGCAUGACGUUCUAGAUCAUCCUUUCUUGAGAAAAAGUUUAGUCGAAGAUCAUGACAAUGAGAAAUGGUUGGCAGAAGACAGUGGUCUUUGCACAAUGACGAGCAGAACAGAGAGACCUGGAAGCAGCAUGUCAUCCUCUCAUCACAUGCUGCACUCAACCGCAAGGCAAAACAUCAGCCAGCCCAUUCCUAGUCAAUUUUCCCCAGUUCGUCAUAUCCAUGGCACAAAUUUGUCGGAAAAUCAGCUGAAACCCAUGAUGUGGGGCAGUUCAUGUGGAGUUGAGAUGACUCCCAUGCCAAAUACUCAGCCCUUGUGCAACCACCAGCACUCUUUUGCCCAGGAAAGGUCCUGCUGCAGUAGCCAGCCUCAGUUCUGCAGCAAUGCUCCUCAAAAGUUUUAUGGGACGCAGAAUGUGGACAGCAGACCUUGCAUUUCACAUGCCCUUUCUGAACCGGCUCAAAAUUUUCGUGGUGACAAUGCCUCAUUACACCAUUCAGCUCAUGGAUGUUGCCAGUCGCAAAUGGCUUCAUUUUGCUCUCAAGUCUCUGGAUGCAGAGUUAAUGAGAUGGCAAACCCAUGUCUGCAGCAAUCCCAGUGGUCGCUAGAGUGCCAGCCGAGGUCAGCCGACCUGCCAGAAUCCUGUAAUGAGCAAGCAGAUUUCCCUUCGGCCAAGGUUCCAAACGAGACAAGACGGUCGCUACCAGGACCUUUGAACACAACCCGCCUACAGCCUGUUCGGCACCAAACGAAAAAUGCUGUUCUCAGCAUUUUAGAAUCUGGUGAAAUAACAGUAGAAUUUUUAAGAAGAAACUCAUCAGGGACGGACAAGGUUAUCGAUGUCUGCCGAAUUUCUGGUGAUGGCUUGCGGAUUGUUUUGUACCGACCCAACAAAGGCAAAGGGGUGGAAGUAGGGACCCAGCCAGUGAGUUUUCCACCAAGUGGAGCAGAACACAUUUUCAGCUACGACAACUUGCCUGAAAAGCACUUCACAAAAUAUAUUUACGCAUUAAGAUUUGUGGAUCUGGUCAAAGCUGUCACGCCUAAAGUUACUUACUUCAGCGAAAAGGCAAAAUGCAUGUUGAUGGAAAACCAACCUGUACCCAACUACGAAGCAAUUUUUUAUAAUGGUCAAAAAGUAGUGAGAACGUUGGGCAUUUGGAAAAUAAUGGAGAAAGACGGAUCCUCAAGCGUUAUUCAUGUUGAUGAAAGCGAAAAAUUGUCUCCGUCCCAACAGAUUGUGUGGAAUAAUGCCUACCAGUGUUUGAAACAUUGCGAACUGUUGGAGAUGCAUCUGAGAGACAUAUCGACGAAUGGAAUGAAGUGUUUCCCAGUGAUUAUUGGAAAGCGUCCACUCCCAUCAAAUGCACUCUUGGGGAACAAAGAGAACACUAAUGUAAUUACCCCUCCAAGCAAGCCACACUUAUCAAUGCUUGAAAGCAAUUUCAUCAAUACACCCCUCUCGAAGUGUUCUCAGUUAUCAAACCAAAAGAGCUCGCAAUCGGUCCGGACGGCCUACAUUCCAGGCGUUGGAAUUGCAAAUCAGCUCUCGUCUGGAGAAGUGCUAGUGCAGUAUAGCGACGGUUCUACGCUGACAGUCGACUCUUCCAAGGGCACAACGUGCUUUGUUUCUUCAGCUAAAGAGGAGCAGCUUUUCGAAAACAGAGAAAAUCUCCCAGUUUGGCUACAAGUGAAGCUCACCAGCUUUCCCUCUGUUAUCCAGCAUUUGCUCUCUUCUAAAAACAUAUCUACCUGCUCUCUAAACAAUAGCUGACAAUAGUAUUGAGAGCUUCUUUUCCUUCCCAAAGUUUGAAACUAUUUUUUACAUUUUGAUCUCUUUGAUUUGUAAAGUAAUUGCAUUUGAAUGCAAUAUGUCUAUGUAUAUAAAAAAUAAAUUAAAAAUUUACAAUGUAAAAAAACAAAGAAACUAUUGUAAGAUAGCUGACUGACCUUGAUUGAUAUUUAAAGUUAAUUGUUGAUUGUCUUGUCGUUUGUCUUUCUGGUUCGAUAUGGAAAUAAAACAAUCAAA